AUGCCUGCCACCAUGCCCAAGGCCGACCUAUCAAAGCGCCGCCGCUUCCAACCCCCUAUCACCACAUUCUUCACAUCUGCCACAGAGCCAGUGACUUCUGAUACACCCACUGUCUCCCACCACCAUCACUAUGCCGCAGCAACCUUCUCUGCAACUCCAGUCGUUCCCGCCACAGUCCAGUCCUCCCUCCUGUCCGUCGGAAUGAGGGUCCGGAAGUCCGUCGCCGAUGGAUACAGGACCGACAUGGCCAAAUCCACCGAAAAGACCUUGCCUCCUACUGCAGUGGCCCAGACCCCCGGUGUUCAACCCUACCGAAACACUCGUCGCCACUCAGAAUUGACUCCUUUCUCCGGUGAGGGUCGAGAUGAUUACCUCGUCACCGAGGACGGUGAUGCAUUUUCACUUCCCGCAAGCAGCCAAGAGUCCAACGACUCAUUCUCCGGUGCUUUGGGCGGCCAGAAACGAUCCUUGGAUGUAGACGACAUCUAUGCCGACGAGAACGACGACGAGUCCUACGAAACUCAGCAAGAAAACUCCUUUGGUGCCAGCAUUCUAUCCCCGAACCUCGGCCAGAGCCGUCGGAUUCUUCCAAUGCGCACCAGCAAAUUCCAGCAGCCUACCCUCGACUUGGAUGACUUCGAGGAGGCCACGUUCCUUCGCCGCCGGGAAGAAGUUGAUGCGGAUGACGUCCGGAUGUACGGGGCUUGA